AUGCGCACGCAACGGAUCGGCCUGCGGCACUUUUUAUAUAAAAUCAACGCGGCCGAGUCAGACCGGUGUAGCUGCCAGGAGGGCUCCCAGACCUCGAGGCAUGUCCUCCUGCAGUGCUCGCUGUACACCGAUCUGCGAGGGGCCAUGCUUGACCGUAUUGAUAGAAUCCGGGGGCUCCGAGGAAAGACAGCCGACUACGACUCGGUCAUGUCACACCCGCAGGCACUCCGCUGGGUUGCCGAAUUUGUACACAACACAGGCCUGCUGGGCCAGUUCCGCGAAGCGGAGCUGAUCACGCAGGCGCCGGAAUCAACUACAAUAGGAGCGGAGGGGAAGACGCUGGUUAAACGGAUUCUUGAUUGA